AUGCCUCUCGUCGUCCCAGGAGUAACAGCCGACAACAUGCCCGAGGACAAGACCCAGGAGUGGAUGAACAAGCUUGUCGGCAAGACGCUAUCAGAGAACGAGCCAAGCUCAGAGACUUGCUUCUGCAAGAAGGACCUCCCUGAAUCCACCAGAGUUAUCGAGCCAGGCUCGAUGGUUACCAAGGACUUCAACCCCAACAGGCUGAAUGUACACGUCCAGGAAGACGGGACUGUUUCGCACGUUUCUCACGGUUAA